AUGAAAGUCAUUUUUAAUAGACAGUUUUUGCAUACAUUAUGUUUCAUUUUGUGUUUUCAGGUGGAUGGUCAGUCACAUGGAAUUGUGUACAGCUUAAAAUUCAACCUUAGAGCAGAGAGUCCAAGGGACUUUGCAGAUUUGCUUCUUUCCUGGAAGCACUUUCCAAAUGUGUGUGUAUAUGAUUUUGCCCGUGGGCUAGCUACACAUACUAACUUGAGGGCACCAGCCAUCUUGCCUUUUCAUCCAUUUGAAGGAAGACUGGCACAGCCUACUGUGGAGAACAUUCAGUCAGCUGAGAUGAAAAAACUUCAGGUGUCACUUCCAUGGCUUAUAGAGAGUCUCGAGUACCCUGAGCCUAAUGGCCACCCAGUUACUGGUUCCUCAGAACACUAUGUACUCUAUGACAAGUUUCAUGAGAAAAACACUAAGGACUCAAAAGAUGCGCUGCGAAGAAUUGACCUGGUUCCAGAACUUCGUUGGACAUUGAACAGUCAGGUUGCAGAGCAGUUGUUUUCAGCUAUGCGGAAAAACAACUACUUCUUGAAUAAUAUGUCUCCGUCCACACUUGUGUUUGCAAUGAGGAAUAUCAUCCAUCACCGGAAUACCGCAACAAAUUCAAAACUCUUACAACAGUUGUUACAUCGUGGUGAGAGACCCCAAGAUAUCUGCAACAUUUCACUGUCUAACCUUGGCCAAGCUGUCAUAGGUUCUGAAUCUUUGGCUAGUACUGACUCUGCCAGGACA